AUGGAGCUCCACUCUCCGAUGGCGAUGCUGUCCCCGGAGUUCAGACCGAGCGCACCGGUGCCCUCAGCGCCGUCCAGGACACCGGCGAGCCGAGGCAGGCCAUGGUGUCGACAAGUCGUCUCGGCAGCCGGCUUCACGAUCGCGGCCACGAGUUCCGCAUGGCGCCGGCGGAUCAUCCUGCGGCAAGGUGUCCAGGACAAAGUGCUUGACCUGUCGGAGCUCGAUCAGCGAAUUCAGGAGAUGCAGAGCCUGCGUGUCCGGGAGCUCCGGGCACAGCUCGAGAGCCUGGGCCUCUCCACGCGCGGCCGCGUGGACCGGGAGUCACUGGUGGAGCUUCUGGAAACGGAAGGUCGCAGGGUGCUCUCAACGGGCCACUCCGGAGAGGAAGGCACUGACGCCGAGGCGGGUCAAGUCCGCGCACAUGACAUGCAUAGGGAGGCAAGUGACCCCACCAUUCGCUUAAUCAUGAAGCGCGGAAAGCCGGCAAUGGCAGCCUCCCAGCUGCGGGAGCUCAAGAAGGAGGCAAAGGCCACUCCGCCAUCAGAGAUCUUCGUGGAGGUGGGGAAGCAGCUCAGCUUUUAUGUGCCUCCGUGCCAAGAUGGCGCAAGGCUCAGGACCAUGGUAAGGGAAGGCGGUGGCUGUCUCGUGGAGAAGCCCACGGAGCAUGUCAUCAACAUUAUUCCCGAGGGAUCCCCACCUGCUGGAGAUCGCACGGCUGUCUCCUCACGCUUCAUCCUCGACUCAGUGGCAAAUGGACAAUUGCAGAAGGUGAAAGACUACAUCGUUUACAAAAAGAAAGCAGCUGGCAUCCUUGGUGCGGAUGGUGCCGGGCCGCGAGAAGGGAAGGUCAAGGCAGAGAGGAAGAAGUUUACAGCAGAGGAUGAUGCUGCGCUGAUCCGCUGGGUGAAGUCCAACCCAGGUUUGCGACCCCAGGGCCGCGAGCUCUGGGAGCGAGCACAAAGAGCCAAAGUCACGAAGCACAGCUGGCAGUCCAUGCACAACCGCUACCGUAGACACGUCUCCGACAAGACAGAAAUGCAGAAGCCAGGAGCACUGGCUCUGCAGCUUGCCAAGGAGAAGGCCGAGGCGGCUACCGGCAAGCCAGCAAAGAAGCCGAUCCAAGAAAAGCCAGAGCGGAAGCGGAAAAAAGCGGAGCCGAUUGUUGAAAAGGCUCCGGAUAUUCCUGCCUCAAAGCAGUGGCCACAGGAUCACCUUGCGGGUGUGCCACAGUGGUUGCGGAAGACGCAGAAGAUGGGUGGACCGUCGCCUGACCUCUCGGAGAGCCCAGCACCGGAGAGCGCGAAGCCAGAGGAGCUGCCGCCCGAGGUGCAGCAGAAGUUGGAGGAGCUUCGAGCGCUCAAGGCUCGUGACCUCCGCAAGCAGAUGAUCGCGCUGGGCCUGAACUGUGAGGGGCGCGUGGACAAAGAAUCCUUGCUGGAGCUCUUGGAAGAUCAGGGUGCCGAUGCCAUCCUGCACCCACCGAAGAAAGAGGAGACGAAGAAGAAGAAGAAUCCUUUCAAAGACAAGAAGAUGAAGAAGCCGCCGGUGGCAGCCAAGCCGAAGGCGAUUGCAGACUUGGGAAACUGCAUUUGUGCAAAUCAGCAUGACCUUUGGUACUGCUUUUCCAACUUUCUUCUGCCAGCGUUUGCGCACAUGGCUGCAGCGAUAACUACCAUGCUGCAGAGCAAGCACACGAUUCACGUCAGUGAAGACCUCGCGAAGUUGCGCCUCCUCAUGGUGCUGCCGUGGAAAGAUCUGGAUGCCCGCCUCGAUGGCAUCUACCAGCGAUCCGUAGGAGACCUUGACGAAGCGAGCAGCGAGGACGGGGAGACGGAGGAAGAAGGCGGCAAAGCAGCCCGGCAAGAUAAGACCGGCUGCAUCAUCGAGGAUGUCGCAGAGCGUGCUAUUACCGUGAAGCAGCUGCGCAGCCUCCGGACUUUUCUCCAGUAUCUGACCAAAACGGAGCUGCUGAAGCACACCACAGACCACUCCAAGAAAAAAGCAAGCCACGGAAAACUGAUCCCAUGGACGAGCCUCAACAUGUAUCACAUCACCAACGAGGUGAUCAAGAAGGUGAUCCCACACGUCGACCCCAAGGGAGAGCAUUUGGAUGAAGAUCGGCGCUGGUACAGCUGGGUGGAGUUCGUGGCGGAGGAGCCUCAGCCUGCCAAGAUCAUGUUCAGCCAUUGGUGGGGAGGACGCUUCAUGGACUUCAUGCAGGCAGUGGACAAGAUGACCAUGGACCGGGCCCUGAGCAUCUACACCCCCAUUUGGAUCUGCACUUUCGCGAACUGCCAGUUCGGAGAGAACUUUGGCUCGAAGCUCAUGGACUGCCCCUUCAUCCGGACUUUGAAGACGGUGGACCUCACGGUUCUUGUCGUCGAUUACCAGGCCGGCUCGCUGACGCGAACGUGGUGCGGACUUGAGGUGCACUACACCACUAACAACGACAUCGACUUUGUCCUCUACACCUCUGCGGGGCGUGUCGGUUCCACCUAUGUUUCUGGGGGGCCGUUGGUCGAGGCCGUGAAGACCUGGGACAUUCGCUCCAGCGAAGCCUCAGAUCCGCAAUAUCGCAGGCAGAUCCUCAACUAUGUAGCGAAGGUCAACGAGUUAGAAGGCCUGAAGAAGGACGCCGAUGGUCAGAUGGUCCUGGACAAAAUGGGACGCCCUUGUCUCGACGGGAAUGCCAAAGAUCCCAGUUGGCCGAACCGGUCCAACGGUGAGCAGGAGUACGCCCACGAAGCCAACCUCUUCAAAAAGCACGCGAAACGCUUCGAGGAUCUGAACAUGAUGGUCCGUCUUCGCGUUAUGGCGAAUCUCGGAUUGCCCAAGAAGGCCAAAGGCUGCGAGGUCGCAGAGAUGGCCCUGCGCGGUGUGACUUUGAACCAGUUACGCGUCUUCACGGUGAAGUUGGAGGCAAGCUGCCCAUGGCGUGAUGAUGACGAGGAUUGUCCGUGGUUUGAGCGCUUGGACGUGGAGCGCGAGGGACCCGUGGAGUUCGAGCACCUGCGGAUUGAGCAUGUGUCUGAGUGGGUGAAGGAAUUAACGGAGGAGCGCAGCUGUUCUUAUAUGGAACUUGUGGCCGAUGGGCCCCAAAAACCGCAGUAUGCAGUGACUUUCUCCUCGAGCAACUUCUGGCACGAGCGAAUGUCUGCUAUAGAGCUGUUUGCAGAGGCGCAGCACCUGCCAGACUCGACGAUUUUCUUUGUGGAAAUUCUCGGAGUGAACCAACACGAUGACGAUGAAGAUGCCGAAGUGUGCUGGAAGUCGGUGAAGACCGAGGUUGAGGGCAUCAUCUGUCAACUCUCCAAAUCCUCCGAACUGCAAGAGGAUGAGACAAUCAACAUAAGUAUCGGUCAGAUGAUCUUCGAGGUGGGCACGGACAAAGGCAUCUACUUUGCCAGCAGCGAUGGUGUGCUGGCUUGCAGCCAGGCCUUUCGAAGCGGAAACUGGGUUCAUGGCGACUUCGACGUCCAGGUGAUCUACCGACUGCUUAAGAGCCUGCUAAGCGGCGCUGACGAGGAAGAAGAUGAAGAUGGCGAGGUCGUGGAGAGCAACAACAGCUAUUAUCGCGGCUUACUUCGGCUUCACCAGUGGCUUGCCGGCCCCGUCCUGCGAAGAGCCGCCAGGAAUGAUGACGUGCAGGCCAUCAAGGACAUUUGCAGCCUGCCCGGCCUGCGGCUGUCCAGCGACACCAUGAAAGACAACGUUGGGAGGAUGCCCUUGCACAUCGCCAUCGCGUGCCGAUCUUGGUCAGCCAUGACAGCUCUGUUGGAGGCGAAGAUGGAUCCGAACGUUGAGGAUGACAUGAAGGAUCGACCACUGCACUAUGCAGCAUUGGCCGGCCACGCUGCAGCUGCCAAGGAGUUGGUCGCUGCCGGCGCAGACCCUUGGGCGGAGAAUUGCUUCACCGAGAAUGCUCUGGAGGUAGCAAGACAGAGCCCAGCUGCCUUCUUGGGUGUGAACACGUCGGAGGUCGGAAAGAUUCUCAAGGCACGUGGCCCAUGUAUGCCCAAGUGGAUUUGUUGA